AUGAGGAACGAGAUUAAAUCCUUGGCGGCGAAGCUACGACUGAGCGUAACCCUCGAGGGGAUGCGGCACAUGGAGGCAUACCUCUCUUGUCAAGAGGAUUUCUUCAUGUGUUGGUCCAACUACGGGGAUGAAGUGCGAGAAGGACUGCCAAAGCUGGGGUGGACCAUCGAGCCAGACGCGCACAACAAGCAUCGACUGGGGUCUCGUAAUUGUGCCCGGCUGAUGUUCGUUGCGCAGCUCAUCAAGCACGUUGCCGGGAAUUGUAACUGGCUGCAGCAGUUCGCCUUCCCGUUGCUGGCGACCGUCAUCCAGGCGCCCCUCCGAGGUUUCGUUCCGUGGCUCUCCCGGCUUCUACUUCCCGAUGGCCCUUUGUACCGCAGACCACAGCCUGACGCCUACAUACGGAGCGUCGCGGACACACUNGGGAAGAGGGCCAUUCUGUGGUAG